ACUUCUUAUGCAAUACAAGCCCCUCGCAUUCUUGUCUAUUGUAUCCUCAAAAUGAAGACCUUAAUCAUUCUCUGCAUCCUCUCCGUUUCUUUCCUUCCGCUCUCCAUCUCAGCCGCUUUUCCUCCGCGCAUCCGCCUCCCCACCCAGGAACCCUUCCCCGGAAACCAGCCCGUUCUAGACGCCGAAGGCAACCCGCUAAUUCCCGGAGAAAAAUACUACGCCGUUCCGGCCACUCUCGGCGUCGAAGGCGCCAUAAGCCUCGACAGUUCCCCAAUCCAAGAAACCCAACAAUCCACUUGCCCAAACGCCGUCGUUCUCAACACCAGCGUCGCCGGCGUCCGCCCUUUCGCCAAGGGCCUCCCCCUAGUUUUCUACCCCCGCCGAGGGCUCCAAGAAGUCCAGGAAAGCCUCCCACUCAACGUGGCGUUCUACCGGGAAGAUUCGGAUCCUUGUGCGAAAGAGACGGUGUGGAGGCUCGAGGGAGGGGAGGAGGGCGCGGGGGAGAAGCCGGUGAUAGUGACCGGCGGCGAGAUUGGGGACGAAGGUGAUAUUGCCAACUGGUUUAGGAUACAGAAGAAUAUCAAUGGUGGAGGGUGGGGGUACGUUUUCACCUUCUGGCCAAGCCUUUGCUCUUACUGCAGGAUUGGUUACUGGCGUAUUGGCACCGUCGGGCAGGGUCGUCAGCUGGGAAUCAACGAGGAAUUUCCAUAUCCUUUUAACUUCGUUAGAGCUGAGUAGGCUGCAGCUUUGAGUUGAUGAGCACCAGAAAUGAUGCAUGGAAUAUAUUAUAAUAGUUGUUAUUAACGUAUAAAUAAUGGCGUCUGUACCCGUAGCAGGUUCAUGGAAUCACGGCGGGAAGCCUAUGCUUGUAUGUUGUAAUGUUGUAUGACUUGUAUCCCAUCCAUGCAUGCAACAGUUUUUGGUGAACUAAUAAUAUCAACUCUUUUUUUACUUUC